CUUUGUUCCUCGUUUGCUUGUAUCCAUCCGGGUACCGGCGUUUCAAUUUCAAUUUUGAUUGGCAACUGGUAUUUUACAUCACUGCCACCAUUUGCUACCGCACGUGAGCAAAACAACUUGAAAUUUAAUAAAGAAUAAAAAAAUUAACAGACGUUUAAUUUUAUUUUUUCUAUCUUGUAAUAAUAAUAAUUUACAACGAUGGGAGAUUAUGGUGGGAAUAGACCUAGAGGAGGUGGCAGAGGUGGGAACAGAAGAAAUAAUGACGGCUAUCAACGACGCGAAUGGACAAAUUCAAAUCGCGAUCGCGAUAAUAACCAAGGACGAGAGUCACGAAAUAGUAAUUCCAGUUACGGUGGCCAAGGAUCUCAGGAGUCGGUAACGAUUCAAAUCCAGCAAAGGCACGUUGGUAAAAUAAUUGGACGUGGAGGGUCAACUAUAAAAGAUCUCCAGGCUCAGUCCGGUGCCCAUGUCAAUAUUGACAAGGCUCAAGAUGGGGAGAAUACGUCGGUUAAAAUAACAGGAAGUGAUGAGUCAAGAGAAAAAGCUCAGCAGAUGAUUAAUGAUCUGAUUAAUGAGAGUUCAUCAUAUGGAUCUGGACAAAGUGACAGACAGUCGUAUGGAUCGAGACAAAAUGAUGGACAGUCUUAUGGAUCAAGACAAAACGAUGGACAGUCUUAUGGAUCAAGACAAAAUGACGGACAAUCUUAUGGUUCGAGAUAUAAUAAUGGACAGUCAUAUGAAUCAUCGUAUAAUAAUCAGCAAAAUCAAAAUUACAGUCGCCAAGAUUCUUCAUCAGCUCAGUAUGAUAAUUGGCAGCAGCCGGCGCCAGCACAGCAGCACUCAAACUUGUCAUCUCAACCCCAAAAACAAGAACGCGAUGUUCUAGAUUUCGGUGAUUUUGACUGGACUUCUGUAAAUGAGGAACAAAAAGAAUUUGAACGGAAACGCUGGAAAGACUUGAAGCCACUCAAGAAAAAUUUUUACAACGAAGACCCAGAGGUCGCUAACAUGUCUCCAGAAGAAGUUGCCCAAAUUCGUCUGUCUAAAAAUAAUAUUGACUGUCGCCGCAUGCUCGAGGAUGAGGCCGACCCCUCGAACAACAAGGUUCCAAACCCCGUGACUAAAUUUGAGCAUGCGUUUCAUGAUUACCCAGAAAUCCUUGAAGAAAUUCGUAAGCAAGGAUUCAAAGAGCCCAGUCCAAUUCAGUGUCAAGCAUGGCCUGUCUUAUUAAGCGGUAGGGAUUUGAUUGGUAUCGCUCAAACCGGUACCGGCAAAACUCUUGCAUUCUUGCUGCCGGCUCUGAUUCACAUCGACGGUCAAGAGACUCCGCGUGAGAAACGUGUCGGUCCCAAUGUCAUGAUAAUGGCACCGACAAGAGAGUUGGCGCUACAGAUUUUCAGCGAAGUUAAGAAGUACAGCUACCGUGGCAUCAAAGCUACAUGUCUUUACGGCGGUGGGAGUCGCAAAGAGCAAGUCAGCAGCAUCGAGAAGGGAGUAAAUAUCGUAAUUGCUACUCCCGGUAGAUUAAAUGAUCUGGUGAUGGCUGGUACUUUGAAUGUCAGCGAAAUAAGUUAUAUUGUUCUCGACGAGGCCGACAGAAUGCUGGACAUGGGGUUCGAGCCCCAGAUUCGUAAAGCUCUGAUCGAUGUCCGUCCUGAUCGUCAGACUGUCAUGACUAGUGCAACAUGGCCAGAUGGAGUUAGACGUUUAGUAAAUUCGUACAUGAAUGAUCCAGUUCAAGUAUACGUUGGAUCUCUAGACUUGGCUGCUACACAUUCAGUGCGACAGACUAUUUUAAUUGUUGAUGAAUCUGAGAAAACUCAGCAUCUCCAUGAAUUUUUUCAAAGUAUGGGAGAGAAAGACAAAGCGAUGGUCUUCUUCGGGAAGAAAGCGCGAGUUGAUGACUUAGCAAGUGAACUUGCAUUGGCUGGAGUUACAGCCCAAAGUAUUCACGGUGGACGUGAUCAAUUGGAUCGAGAGCAAGCUCUGGCGGACUUGAAAUCCGGAGAAGUUAAAAUACUUCUCGCGACAGAUGUUGCGAGUCGUGGUAUUGAUAUUGAAGAUAUCACGUAUGUAUUUAAUUAUGACUUUCCACGUGAUAUUGAAGAGUACGUCCAUCGUGUGGGUCGUACUGGACGCGCUGGUCGAUCUGGUGAAAGUAUAAGUCUCGUUACUCGGGGAGAUUGGGCUGUUGCUAAAAAUCUUAUUUCUAUUUUAGAAGAAGCUAGUCAGGAAGUACCUGAAGAAUUAUACAAAAUGACCGAACGUUACGACGCAUGGAAAGAUCGUAAAGCACAAGAGAAAGAUAAUGCUCGUAUAGAUGCUCACGGAGGAGGUGGACGUUUUGGUGGCGGUGGCGGACGAGGCGGAGGUGGUGGUGGCUGGGGGGGAGGCGGCGGUGGAGGUAGACGCGGUGGUGGUCGAGGCCGUAAUGAUUAUUCUAGUUCAUUUUACUGAUUACUACAAUUUACUAUUAGCUCAACUUCUGUAUUAAAAGUCAUGUGGAUUUUUAAACAGAAAAAACAUAAAAACAUUCGUCAAUUUAUAUUUAAAGACUGCUUAAUGUCAAAGUACAAAUAAAUGUGUAACAACACAUGAAGGUAAAAGACCCAGUACCCAAUCAGGGAACUAGUACCGUGAUUUUGCACUAGUUCUGAUUGGAUACUAGGUCUUACCUUACUUAAAAUUAUUAUUUUUCAGUAUUAGUAUAUUAUGAUUAUUAAAUAUUUAUAAUAAUAUAUUAAUAUAUUGUUAAAUGUUGAUGAUUGUUUAGAUUAUAUUAGAUUAAUCAUCUAAGUCUUCCAGUCAUUCGCAUAAAUUUAUUUUAUGUUGAUCAACUUAGAUUUAUAUUUAUAUUUAAAUUCUAAUUAGUUUUGUACGAUAUUUAGCAGAAUUUAACGAAUGUUUAAAAAUUAUUUUUUUCAUUUAAUAUAUAUUUAUGUGCAUCAUUAAGAUGUUUAUUUAAAGUCACUAAUUACUUUUCCAACUUAAUUACUUGAGACUCAAUUAAGAGUUAUUAUAUUUAUAUUAUAUUCAAUUACCUGUUCUAUU